AUGUCUCACUCCAAGAACUCUCAAGAUGAACAACACGAGGAGGGAUCGAAAUUCUCCCAUCUCCCAUUGAGCACAAGCGGCCCGUUAGAAUGCGCUCUCAAAGGCACCGUGCUGCUCAACCACCCUUACUUCAACAAGGGGUCCGCCUUCACCAAAGAGGAACGACGCGAAUUUGCACUUCAUGGCUUGCUACCGCAGCACAUCCAGACCCUGGAACAGCAGGUCCAGAGGGCGUAUGAGCAAUAUUGCAGUCAGCCGAAUGAUUUGGCGAAGAAUACAUUCAUGACUUCGAUGAAGGAACAGAAUGAGGUGCUGUUUUACAGACUUUUGGACGAUCAUAUUGAGGAGAUGUUCAGUGUCGUGUACACGCCAACAGAAGGAGAAGCCAUUCAGAACUAUUCAAGACUGUUCCGAAAACCCGAAGGCGUGUUCCUGAACAUCAAUGAUAUGGACCACGUGAAGCGUGAUUUGGCACAAUGGGGAAAGGCUGAGGACAUCGACUACAUUGUGGUUACCGACGGCGAGGAGAUCCUGGGCAUCGGUGACCAAGGAUGUGGUGGCAUCCUUAUCUCCAUCGCCAAGUUGGUGCUGAUGACCAUUUGCGGUGGCAUCCAUCCCAACCGUGUGCUCCCGGUUGUCUUGGACUGCGGCACCGACAACGAGAAGCUCUUGAAGGAUGACCUUUACCUUGGCCUCCGGCAGAAGCGUACCCGGGGUGAGAAGUACGAUGAGUUUGUCGAGACCUUCGUUAACGCUGCGCGUGAACUUUACCCCAAAGCAUACAUCCACUUCGAGGACUUUGGCCUAGAUAAUGCACGUCGCCUUUUGGAGAGAUACCGACCUAAGAUUCCCUGCUUCAACGAUGAUGUGCAGGGAACAGGGUGUGUAACUCUGGCCGCCAUCAUGGCAGGUAUACACAUUUCGAAGCAGAAGUUGAGCGACAUCCGGCUGGUGGUCUUCGGUGCUGGCACGGCAGGUGUUGGUAUCGCCGACCAUGUUCGCGAUGCUAUUGCCGCAGAUGCGGACAUCAGUCCCAAAGAGGCUGGCAAGCAAAUCUGGCUCAUCGACAAACCUGGGCUACUCACCACCGAGUCAGACUCGCUGUCAGAGGCUCAGAAGAAGUAUGCCAAGUCGCACGACGACUGGGCCGACAAGAAAACCGAUCUCCUAGGUGUGAUCAAGGAGGUCAAGCCGCACGUCCUGAUCGGCACAUCCACAAAACCAAAGGCAUUCACGGAAGAUGUGGUUCGUGAGAUGGCAAAGCACGUCGAGCGCCCCAUCAUUUUGCCCUUGUCAAAUCCAACCAAGCUUCACGAGGCCGUACCCGAGGAUCUCCUCAAGUGGACAGACGGCAAGGCCCUCGUUGCCACAGGUAGUCCCUUCGACCCCGUCAAGGGCCCCUGGGGCAAGGAUGGUAAAGAGAUCGAAAUCGAAGUGGCAGAAUGCAACAACAGCGUGGUGUUCCCGGGUAUCGGUCUGGGCUCUGUGCUGUCGCGGGCCAACCGUGUGACGGACAAGAUGUUGAUGGCGGCAUCGAAGGGUGUUGCUGAGAUGGGCCCGGCUCUGAAGGAUGAUAAGGCUCCGCUGCUUCCCGGCGUUGAUAUCGUCCGCGAUGUGAGCGUGCGCGUGGCUCGGAGAGUCAUCUUGGCGGCCAUGGAGGAGGGCGUAGUCGAGGAGAAGGAUGUGCCGACGAAGGAGGAGGACCUUGAUGAAUGGAUCAGGGAGCAGAUGUGGGAUCCGAAGUAUAGGCCGCUGAAGUAUGUUGAGGGUGAGAAGGCCAGUCGAGGGGCAAAGGGCGACUUGCGUGUGCUGGGCAACCCGAAUGAUGUCGAUUGA